CCGGCAGGAGCGACGGCGGUCGGCAAAAUGCUGUCCUGCAUUGCGGUUGUUAUGAGCCUCUUGGGCGGUUUUCGGCACUUGACUGCUGCCCCCUCAAACAAUCACUUGACAGAGGCAGAUCCUGACUUCUCAGAGCCCAUCAAUAAUGUUACGGUAGCCAUUGGAAGAGAUGCUCAGCUGAAAUGCACUGUUGAAAAUUUGGGUACUUACCGGGCGGCAUGGAUCAAAGUGGAAACGAAAGCCAUUUUAACAAUUUAUCAUCAUAUCAUCACUCGAAAUUAUCGCAUAAGUCUAAGUCAUAGUGAUAACAGAAAUUUCAUCCUGCAGAUUCGAAACGUUCAAGAAUCAGACAAAGGUGGAUAUAUGUGCCAAAUUAACACUGCACCGAUGAAAAGUCAAGUCGGAUAUCUUGAUGUCCUCGUACCUCCAGACAUAUUGGACGAAGGAAGCAGCAGUGACGUAAUCGUAAGAGAAGGUGCAAAUGUCACUCUCACUUGCAAAGCAGUAGGAUACCCAACGCCAAAUAUAACUUGGAGAAGAGAAGAUAAUGAACCAAUUCCGUUAGGAGCUUGGCAAGGGAAAAAAUUUACAGAUCCAAAUGCUAUAACAUAUGAAGGGGAAAUCCUCAGCAUUACUCGAGUGAGUCGGUUGCAUACGGGUGCAUACCUCUGCAUAGCAGCCAAUGGUGUACCGCCCUCUGUUAGUCGUAGAAUAAUACUCCAUGUGCACUUUCCACCCGUUCUAUGGAUUCCAAAUACGAUGGUAGGCGUUCCACUUGGACGGGAUGUAACCCUGAACUGCCAUGCAGAAGCUUAUCCAAGUUCCAUUAAUUACUGGAGUCGAAGACCAGGAGAAAUGUUGAUUUCAAAUGAAAAACUUCACGUUGAAACUAAGGACAAAACCUACAAGACACACAUGAGAUUAACGAUAAAAAAUUUCCAGAAGCAAGACUAUGGAACAUACAUGUGUUUCUCCAAAAAUUCGUUAGGAUCCACUGAAGGUUCAGUCCAACUUUACGAACUUCAGCCACCAACAAGCAUACCCACCAAGGACACAUCAGCAGUGAGGCGUCAGAGCUCAGAAGCUUUUCCUCAGCAUCAAAGUUUAGGAUCUGUAAAAGAUUCCACAGAAGAUUCCACUUCUAGCAAAAGAAAGAAGCCUGGCGUAAUAGACGGAGCUUAUAAAACGAAUGAACGCAUUAAUACCGCUGAGGAUAUGAGAGGAACAAAAGCAAAAGAUAUGCCUCAACACAAGAAGGAAGGAAGUGAAGAGACAAGUGGUCAGCGAGGAAAUCGAAGUUUUUUCACUGUCCUGUUCCUAUCUGUAGUCUUACUUGUCGGGCAAAGUUACUUUUGCCACGCCACAACGUAACCGAUACGAAGCUUUGAAGAGACAAUCAGCAAUGUUCACUCCAUGGUUUCCAGCAGUGGAAAAGCUUUUCUUGCCUAUUUAAUCCUGAAAUUGUUGGGUAUAAGUUCAGGCAUCAUGGAGGUGACUAAUUAGUGUAACAUAUACUGUGUAAAAUGAAGUUACAUACAAAGAAAUAACAAGCUUUCACGAGUUAGCUACAUCGGUUUCGUGUCCGCUUUUUAAGCGAUAACUCAUGUUGAUAAAGGCUGCAUUUGUACCAACUUUCUGUUUGAAAAAAAUUCAUCAAAUCGUUGUCAUUAUAUGAGGCUUGUUGAAUGGACUGUAGAUAUUUUUCAAAAGAGGUAAUGAAUGCAGCUGUGUACAAUCGUUUGUAAAAUAUAGUUUUUUAACUGUUACUGCAUUAGUAAGAAAAUCAAUAUAGUUGUAAAUGUUCUAUUCAAGUUCCUCAACAAUAACUUUGCUUUGAUUUUCUUUCAUUUCAUAUGUACAAUGUAUUCAAU